CGCAGCCGGUGCGGCGGCCCAGGGGGGACGGGGGAGGAGGCAAGGGAUGAGCACCGGGCAGGCGUCGGGGGUCCUGAGCCGCACUAGGACGCCCCUGAAGCCGGAACCCGGAGCCGGAGCCGGAGCCCGAGCCCAAGCACCGGUACCGGCUGCAGCCCCGAACUCCAGGAGGAGGCCCGGCCCCGGCCCGCGCUCGCCCCCCAGGGCCUCAUGUCGGAACCACAGCCUGACCUGGAGCCGCCCCAGCAUGGGCUGUACAUGCUCUUCCUGCUUGUGCUGGUCUUCUUCCUCAUGGGCCUCGUGGGCUUCAUGAUCUGCCAUGUGCUCAAAAAGAAGGGGUACCGCUGCCGAACCUCCAGGGGCUCCGAACCCGACGACGCCCAGCUGCAACCCCCUGAGGACGAUGACAUGAAUGAGGACACAGUAGAAAGGAUCGUUCGCUGCAUCAUCCAAAAUGAAGCCAAUGCUGAGGCCUUGAAGGAGAUGCUGGGAGACAGUGAAGGAGAAGGGACAGUGCAGCUGUCCAGCGUGGAUGCCACCUCCAGCCUGCAGGAUGGCGCCCCCUCUCACCACCACACUGUGCACCUGGGCUCCGCGGCCCCCUGUAUCCACUGCAGCCGCAACAAGAGGCCGCCUCUCGUCCGUCAGGGCCGCUCCAAGGAAGGAAAGGGCCGGCCCAGGCCUGGGGAGACCACCGUGUUCUCUGUGGGCAGAUUCCGGGUGACGCACAUCGAGAAGCGCUAUGGACUGCAUGAGCAUCGAGAUGGCUCCCCCACAGACAGGAGCUGGGGAUCCAGUGGGGGGCAGGAUCCUGGGGGAGGCCUGGGGCCCGGGGGAGGGCAGCCCCAGGUCGGAACUCCUGCCAUUGAGAGCCUACCCCCAGAGAGGCCACAGCUCCUUAUUCCUGCCAGCUCCCCAGUGCAGAAUGGGGGGCCCAGGGACGGCAACCUAGUCCCUUGUGUAAAUGAAGGGAACCCUGGAGGCCCUGCAGAGCCGGCCCUGGGAGCCAGAGGGAGGGAACCAAGCCCAAGGCCAGCCAGUCAGGAGGCAAGUAGACAACAGAACAAUUUGGACACCUCAGAUCACCAGGUUUCCCCACCUCGGGGAGCAGGUGAUGUGUGAGCCUCAUUCUUCAUUGCGCUGAAUGACAGACUACCAGGCAGCAGGGCAGGGGAGGGUAGGCAUGAAGCCCCUCCUCUCCAUGGACAGCACUGACCCAGUUGAAGGACAAGCCCUACGCCCACCUGGAGGUGCAUGGUCUCAGGCUGGGGGACCUCUGAAGAAGUCCUCCCUGACCUUCAUCUUCUCAUCCUCCACCUGCCCACAGACUGUCUGACCUGCCUUCCUGUCACUCCAUAUGCUAGAGGGUGGCAGCUGAGAACGGGCCCCUGCCAUAGGUGGGCUCCUAAAGCAAUAGCACCCUAGGCUCCCCACCCUCUUGGCACAAAAGGCCCAGGCCCUGGCUUAGGCUUUGUGCCCUUUAUUCACUAUCAAUAAAUCUGUUCAGACCAUUACAGCUA